AAAUACAUGAAGUUUGUGCAUUUCCACUUAAAGUAUCUCAGCAGUUAAAGCUUCCAAUACAGAAAAAAAGACAAGAUAUGGCUAAACUCACCAUUUUAUUUGUUUUAUUUGUUGUUUCAAUUGCUUGCGGUGCAAAAAUAUGUCCGCGUCAUCAAGUUUAUAAUAGUUGUGGUACAAGUUGCCCCGAAUAUUGUAAUUGGGAUCCAAGUAAAAUAUUCUGUACCUUAGAAUGCGUACAAGAUUGUUUUUGCCAGAAGGGUUUCGUCCUUGAAGCUGUCGAUUCGAAUAAAUGUAUUCUUAAGGGAAGAUGCUCCGCAAUGCCCACUUGCGGACUCAAUAAAGAAUAUAGAAUUUGCGGUAGUUCCUGCCCUAAAUAUUGCGGUCAAGACGAUUUCGUUAUUUGUGCAGCUGUUUGUGCUCCUGGUUGCUUCUGUAAAGAUGGCUACGUUUUAGCUUCCAAAUACAGUAAUGAAUGUAUUUUGGAAAGAGAAUGUAAGGUUUAAAAUUAGUAAUUAUUAAAAGAUGUUAUAAAUAUGUAUAAAUUUGUUAUAUGUAUAAAAAUAAA